UACCGUCACCCAACGGCGCACAGCAGUAACUUUGCGUAACUCCUUCCACUAUAUCCACGAGAGUCAACGAGUCACCUCACCCGUGCCAGUCGGACCUGUAUGGCCCCAUCGAUCGCCAUGUCAGCUUUGACUGCUGGUUUGAAAACUGAAGACCUUCCUCCCCGCUCGGUUCUCGUCAGCAGAGGCGACAUGCAGACCAGCCUGAGCCCCGCAGAGGAGACUGGGAAGCCCAAAGUUGCUAUUUUGCCCUUCAGCGUCGAGGCACUGAUGGCUGAUAGGAAACCCAGCCGAGAGAUGGCAUCCCCGGAUGCCACGUCCGUUCCCGGGACGUCCCAGGCGCUGGGAAAGGGCGCACGGAUGGGUGCUUUCGGUAGUCUGGAUACUUCAGCUCCCGGUUUAGCCAUGAGCUCCUCGUUUUCGGUGGGCGACAUCAUGAACAUGCCAGAAGACGUGUUGAUUAAACCCGAGAGCCCGGACAGUAAAGAGAGGACUUCAUGGAUACAGAACCCUCGUUUUUCUCCGACACCUCCACGAAGGUUGAGUCCUCCUGCCUGUCCACUGAGAAAACACAAGACCAACAGAAAGCCCCGGACCCCCUUCACGACGUCCCAGCUGCUGGCCCUGGAGAGGAAGUUCCGCCAGAAGCAGUACCUUUCCAUCGCCGAGCGCGCAGAGUUUUCCAGUUCCCUCAACUUGACUGAGACCCAGGUCAAAAUCUGGUUUCAGAACAGGAGGGCCAAAGCCAAGCGGCUGCAGGAGGCAGAACUUGAAAAACUGAAAAUGGCAGCUAAGCCUAUGCUGCCUCCAGCUUUCGGGAUUUCCUUUCCUCUCGGUGCGCACGUCCCCGCGUCCUACGCUGGGUCGCACCCCUUCCAGAGGCACUCGCUGCCGGUUUCCCCCGUGGGACUGUACGCCGCUCACGUCGGAUACAGUAUGUACCACCUGGCUUGACAGGGACGGAGGACGAGGGGCAGCGCAGUGGGACACCGGGGGGUUGAGAAUACUUCCCCAGGGCCCUCCGGACAGCUGAAGGUGACGCUGAAUUAAAUAAAGAGGCAUCCUGGCGGUGAGCUCAGUGUCACAUCUUGUCAGGGGGCCGAGACCCUUCUGAGGACCUUGAAGUUUAUCCACUUCUCUUGACCUCGCCAGUAAGUUCACACACUGCAAAAAGAAUCCAUCUUUACUAGUCAUUUAAUCUUGAGUCUUAAAUCUGAUUUUGCCAGUGGACUUUGAAGUAAUAAUCCGGGAUUUUUAUUGAUGCUAGAAAUGUUAAUUCAAGAAACAACCUGAGCGCGAGACUAGAUGACUUGAAGGUGGACAUUUUUGCGGCGCAGAGGUGGAAAACAAUUUAGUACCUGUAAGCCAAUGAUAAAUCACGACUGGACAGUCAAGUAUGGACACCGGGCAGUGCCACAGUGUGCUCCCUCCUGCUGACAGCCAGGUAAAACAGCCUUCACACCGCGCAGCUCCUGGGAGUCAGUCAGACAUUAGGUUGGGCUUCCAUCACGUCUGCGGGCUGCUGUCACACUGCAAGAACCAUACUUCUUCAUUUGUUGCAUUCAUAUCAAUGCGUAACUACAGUGGGUUACUGAAUCCAGUGUCAAUAAAUGCUCUUUGUGAAUCUGCAGAACCACAGCAUUUGUUUUUAUAACAGCACUGUCUGUUGUUGGAAUGAUUCCCUUCGGAAGGGAUAUGUGUACUGUAAAAUAAUGUAUAUUUGAAGAAUAUCCUCAUUUAUAUUAUGAAUAUAUUUGUGACAUAACUUAACAAUAAAUUGUUUAUUCUUUUUCAUUAA